UUUGACGGCUUGGAGGUGGAAACAGGUCACGGGGACGGGUAGGGUUGAAAAAUAACACGCUCAACACAUCGCCAAUUUGCGAUUUCGACGAAUUGCUCCUGCUAGGCCUGUCCACCCUUAGGAUCACGUAACUACGAUCGGCAGCAGGGGCGGGAACCGGAUGCAACCGUGACGUCGGAGCUCAGCUUCCGGUCGGCGCACGGCUUGUGGAGGAGGAAGGACGCUUGGAGCAGACAGAGCGAACAACGCCGAGCCGCUGUAGGGACGGACCACGGCGUUUCCUCUCCAAGAAUUCCGGUCGGUAGCUUGAGAGGUGCGUGAGACAGCCAUGGACCGCCGUUGCCUGCUGCUCCUGUUCGUCGCCACCUCGCUCCUUGUGGCCGGCGCAUCGGCCAUCCCUUACCGAAAGGCAUAUCGCAACAGCGCGGUGGACGACAACCUCCUGAAGGCGCUGCUCCGCGUGCAGGAGCUGGAGGAGGAGAAGGCCGCGGAAGAGGCUGCGGAAGAGGAAGCCGAGAAGGAGGCAGUUGCUGAAACGAUAACUGAACUACUGGAAGAUGAGGAAGCCAGGAGAGAGGAAGAGGCUCUCGCUGAAGAAGCGGCAGCAGAGAGGGCCGAGAAAGGACGGCCCAACCCGCCUGCCUACGAUUUCGAGUAUCCGGAGUAUGAAGAGAUCCCUUCAAACGACAUCAACGGCGAGCUGUCGUAUCCAGAGUACGAACCUAUCCCCGCCGAAACCCGUUCCCUGGAGCUCCCGUACAACAGCUACCCUCGGCAGCAAUACGAGGAGGAAGUGGACCGAAGAGGUGACCAGUAUGACCUAGACAAGUUGUAUCCUGACAUUCCUGAUCCCGACCCUGAACCGAACAUUCCCGAACCAGAUGACAACCUCAGCCCAGACGAGUACGCUGCACUCCUGGACUACCUGGGCCUGCAAGAAGACACGCGACGUUCAGACGGGUACUAUGACGGCGAGGAUGUGAACAUGUUAGAAGAUUACGAUCCAAGGAAGACCACAAAGAGAGCAAGAGACCACGACGCCUACCAUCGUGCUUACAACAUGUUCUGGAGCAACCUAGGAAAGCCAAGAGAAGAAGAGGAACGCCGAUGGGAGGACAGUAGGGAUGACACGGAGGAACGGGAUGACUGGAAUGAAGGCGGCGCUUACAGAGUGCAAGAUUUGGGAGCGGAGAAAAAGGCUCUGGAGCGUCCUGGGGACCAGGGCAAGGUGAGCUGGCGUCAUCCCGGGAACGACAUGGCCACAGAAUACACUGGGAACGAGCCCUACCAGAGAGAGAAGUACCCGUAUUCUCUGGAAGACGUGAUGGAACCGUAUGAACCGGAGGAGCAGUACUGGCCUUAUGCGGAUGAAGAACAAUACCAGGAACGAAGUAGCCAACCAGAAUGGCCCAUCGCUGACCGUGACGAUCAACAGGACAAUGACUACGAAAGCUUCCUCACUCGCAACGAAAGAAACGAUAAGAUCCUAGACGCGCUGUACGAAAAUCAGAUUCCAGCCAACUCAGUUGAUGAAGAAGAAGAAGAUGAUGAAGAAGAAGACAAGUAUGAGAAACUGGCCGAGACUUUGCUGAGAGAGUAUCCCGAGCUGGCUUCUGCAGCGGAAAGGGUGCUGGACGAUCUCAUAGAGGAGGAGGAAGAUUCUGAAGACGAUGAGAGACGCGAGGACGGCAUGUUCGGAGAUGCUGAAGAGGAACCUUUACCAACCUACGACCAAGAAGAAGAGCAGCAGAAAAUUGAAGAUAGGGCCGACAAGAAUCCUCUGGAAGGGUACACACACAACAACAUCGAUAUCCUGCAGAGGAAGCGACUUUUCCAAGACGAAGAGGAGGAAGAUGAGAGAGAAGGAGGUGGAGACGAGGAUGGCGAUGAAAAACGGCCUAUGAGCUACUACGACAUAUUGAAAGAUGAUGACGAGCGGCCUAACGACGAAGAGGAGAACAAUGAUGCGGAGGAUCCAUACUCGCUCAACGACGUCUACGACACAAACGACGAAAAGAAAGCCGACGAGGUUGAUGACUAUCCCGACAUCCCAGCGGAACCAGCCGAAGACGAACCGAGGAGCCCCCAAGAUGACGAAGCUCUCGAACUGGACGAGGACCGAGUGGAGUCGUUUCUGGACAAGGUGGAGGAUCUACUCCGAGCGACUGAAGCAGGUACAUUGUCCCCUCCACUCUGCCCAGUGAACGUGUCGGACUGUCACCUGAUAGAGGACGGCAGCCCUCUCUCCUCCGGACCAUACAAGGAGUACUUCACAGCUGUGUGCAACAGACACGAGGCCUGCUAUCAGUGUGGCUCCGCGCACGGCAUCUCGUCCUCCACCUGUGAUCGCGCCAUGAAGUACGACCUGGCGGAGGUGUGCGACAUGCUGGCAGAGGUCGAAGGUCAGGACGUGGACGACAUGUGUCAGAUGAAGGGGGAGGCGCUCCACCUGGCUGCACGGCUAAAACGGGCUUAUAAGGAAACGACAGUGCCAGAAUGUAGCUACAAGUGCGUGAUGGAGUACAUCGUGGGGUCAUAGCCUGGGGAGGCCGUAAGAUGGCGCUACUAUCCAAACAACCGCAGAACUACAGCAGCGAGACUCCUUUGCCGACCACCACACACUGUAUGCCUAACCGUUAGCACUGUGCAGCACUGUCCCUAGUCUCUCUGUCUAACUGCUGACUGCUUGUGAUGAAGAGUUGACAACAGGGAGAGCGUUCCUAUGUGUGUAGUUCCAAAGUCGAUCGCAGGGUGACGCUUCUGUCGUAACUCAAGAGAUGAUUACCAGGCAUUCUGUGUGGUACACGUGCUUAGCUAGUCGUAUUGAAGAUCGAAUUUGUCAACUUAAGAACAAAUAUGACAUGUUACUGCUACUUAUAUUACUUUAUAGUAAACAUGAGUGAUUCUGUAAGUAAUGUAUUGUUUAUGAUGCUUUUGAUGUUUCUAGAAAUUUACGCUAAUUGCAAUGAUAGUACUUGACAAGCAAUUCAUAACUUGACUUGGAAUUGACUUCUAAAGAUUGUGUCAGACGCAAAUGAGAGAAUCAGAAGUUAUUUGAAUGAAACGUCACGGAAAUUGAGGGGCGUUUGUUGGUUGAACAAUAUGUUGAAUACUGACAUAUCCCCCAUUUAUCUCUACUUUUGACAAGUUUUCUUCGUGUAUCUCGAAUCGUUUGGGAAGAAAGACAACAAAUGAUAAUCUGAGCGACAUUCUGCUAUGCUGCAUCGAUGACAACAACAUUGCUUUAAACCAGAUUCAACAUACACCAGAGAAAAUAUAUCUAUUGUGAAUACACUCGAACGCAGGACUUGUAUGUUCGGUCCAAAAAUGUAGCGACACCAACCAAACACCAAUUCACAUAUUACCAUUUUCUUUAAGCCUGAAAUGGACGAUAUUAACGCGUAAUGGAACGAGAGGUCGAUUGCAAACUGACAUUUCUGUAUUACGUUUACAAAUAGGUUAAGUCUCCCCACUUCUCACUAUUGUCUAUCAUAACAUAACCGCAACUGCUAGCAUAUUCUUAUAUAUACUGUUAUGUUAUAAUGCGAAGGCGAUAAUGACUUGACUACAGUUUCAAGUGUUUAGGGACCAUUCGUAAACCAACAAUGGAAAUAUUGCUUUCUUCGAAGACGACGUUGAAGUGCCAGGAAACUUAAGAAACCUAUCGGCUAAAGAGAUUAUUGCAACCUUCGCAAAGAACCUUGUUCACAGAGGGAAAGAGAAAUGCGAACAUAAGACAUAUAUAUUGAGGGACUUCGUGUAUACCAGAGAAAAAGGCAAGAGAUCUUAAUAGAUACGAAUAGUUCAGAGCUAUAUACACAAUCUAUUUUUGUCGUAGUUGACCGUGUAGUAAAAAUGAUGUUGUUAUGAACGUGAAAUGCAUUUAUGCUGGUUUAGGUACGGCGGCGUCUGUGUUGGUUCAAAAGAUGUUUCAACGUACAAACAGGUUCGAACGAUGUAAGCAAGAUAUUUCUGAAGAGGGAAACAUCUUAAUAUGAUAUUACGUGAUGACUUUAAUGUUUAAGAAAUUAUUCGGUGAAUCAACUUAAGCAAAAGAAAAUAAGUCUCGAAUUGAGCAGGUACAUUCUAUGUUCGGUAAGAUUUGAAUUUUGAUUGGUAAAGUACUUGAUAAUAUGAUGAGAUGUACGUUUACAAAACUUGAAAUGUGAACAAUGUAUUGAGUGAUUAAUUUGAAAUGUACUUUAAUGUCCAUGGCAUUAGUGAGAAUUUUUCGCAACGCCGUAUGGACGGAGCCUUUUUUGUUGUUGCUUAUAUCCUGAAUACACAAAGUGUACAAGUUA